AUGAGUGGUUGCCCAUUAAGUGUGGGAAUUGCUCUGGCUAUGGACAUGAGGAAUCAGAAAGAAGGGGUUAGCAAUCCUGUUCCCAGCGAGGAGAAAGGGGAAGAUGCCAUUUCUCAGGCUCAAGCAGAUGAUGUUGUAUGUAAGGAAACAAGGAAGCAGCCUAUGAUAACAAACAUUUCUCAGAAAGAUGGUAAUCAAGGUCAGGCUAGAAAAGAGGCAAAAGGAGCAGAAGGCAAACCUACUAGACUGAGACAAGGGGGGGAAACAAAUAGCCAUACAGCUGUUCACCCUAUUAUAGGGCCUAGCAAACAUGGGCUUCUAGAAACCAAAUUACAAGAAGACAAAGUGAAGGUGUUAAUGGAGAAGAAAUGGCACCAACGCAGUGAACCAGUUUUUGAUCCAAACAUUGAAGCUACUAUACGCAGAGCCAGAGCAGCAAAAAGAAGGCAGAAUCAGUGGCAACAGAACCGCCAAGAAGGUUCAUCGGAAAUGGCUAACCAAGGUGGUAACCCGGAGAACAAUAGGAAUCCUGGUGGGGAUCAACAAAAUCGACCAGAGAGAUUGCUUAGAGAUUUCUUUAUCCCACAACAAGAAGAAGUCCAAUCCCCUUUGGUGUUCCCCGAUCAGCCUAAUUGGAACAAUGCACCACAACAAGGGAACUAUCAGAGGCCUACUCAACCCCCAAGAUUUCAUAGACAAGAUGGCCAACCUCCCAACUAUCAUAAUCAACAACGUUCUAACCAGCAAUACAUACCAAGGGAAGAUGAAUGGAUUUCUGUGCAAAAUGCAAUCAAGAAUUUUGCUGUGUCUUGGAAAAGUUUGGAAAAUCAGUUGGCUCAGAUUGCAAAACAAAAUGCUGAAAAACCAUCUGGAAGCAUGCCCAGUGUUACAGUUGUAAACCCCAAGGGGAAUGAUCAAAAGCAAGCAAAGGCUAUCACUCUGAGAAGUGGAAAACAACUCAAUCAGCCAAGUGAAAAAGUCACUCUCGUGAGUGAGCCUGCAGGUAAUAAGGAAACAUUUUCUGAGAAAAUAUCUGAUAAUGGUGAUUUGGUUGAACAUGAGCAAGCAACUAAAAAGCCUGGAAUGGAUGAAAUUCAAUUCCCAGCACCGAUUAAGAAGCCACAAGAGCCAGUUCCAAUACCCCCAUAUCCGGAACGGAUGAGGUACCUGUCACCCCAAUGUGAUUCUCCUUCCCCUCACGGGGAACCGACACCGCCGCCGCCUCCACAACCACCAAGGGCCCUCCAAGAACAAGCCCUCAACGCCAUCACAGACGAAUGGGAGCCAAGGCUAUUCCCGAGAAAGAAGGCUUGGGAUUUCUUGUUGAAACAUCUAAAGCGUAAGAUCAUUGCAGAAAGGGGAAUCGGUGAGGAUGGUGAAGCGUUCGCCUACAUCAAACGCCAUAGCACAGAAGGCAUUAGGGCCAUCUGGAAAUUGCCAAGAGUCAGCACCGAUUACAGGGAAACCAUCACUGCCCUUCAUCCGAAUCAGCCACUGGAGCAAGCAAUUCUGUCAAGACUGGCAAAGGAAGGCACAGAUUGGGAGAAGGAUGAUCAGGACAACCCCUUGGGAUUCUACGCUAAUGCCUUGCAAACGCCUGAUCUGAAUUUAUGGCACCACCUCAUCUGCUGCAACUUGAUGCCAACGACCUACACUUCCAAGGUCACCUACGAACAAGCCAUGAUACUAUCCCAAGGUGAAGAGCUGGUACUUCCCAGUGAUGAUUACCAUGCUUUGCGGAAGGGCAGGGGUGGCUUUCUGAACAUAGAUGCAAAGAGCAGCCUGCAACAACCUUUGAGGUUGAAUAAGUUGGACCAGAGACCCCCAGGUGCAUCUUCCUCAGGACAAGCAACAUCCACUCCCACUCCGGCUGGACAGUUGAGGCAGAGAGAUUUCAACAAGAAGACCAGGUUCAUCUUGGACUAUGUCCACCAGUGCCAGAUAAGGACUGAGCAAUUCCUACAAGAAAUGCACAAGUGCAUUGGAUACCCUGAAAAUUGCCCAUUGCCGCAUGAUCCACCAGCCCAUUCACUCCAUGGCAUGCCUCCAUGA